AUGCUUGACGCAUUCAAAUUGAAGGGCUUCGACCUCGAGCCCGUGUACGCUGAGUGGAAAGACGGCCCCAAGUUUACGGGCGAUCCCAAGCGGGACAAGCCUGUGGAUGAGUGGCUCGAGGAGAUCAAGGCUGGUUGCAAGGCUCGUGGUGUCCCGAAGGAGUGCUGGCACAAGGUCGGGCAACACUUCAUGGGCGAGAAGGCGCGUGCUCGCCUCGACGAGCUGAAGGCCGUCAUGGCCAAGGUGAACGGCGGCAGCUAUCGCUGGACCUGGGAUAAGUUCAAGAUCGCGAUGCGCAACAUGGGAUGGAACAUCGACGCUUCGGAGACCGAGACCAUCAAGGUCGAGGCCAAGUCCUCUGGCCAGUGGUGGUUCAGCCGCAAGAACGGACAACGUGAGGAGAUGGACUCCAAGCCGCCCUCCUCCACCGAGCGCAAGCCCCGGCGCCGGCACACGGAGAUGCCGCCGCCGUCUGCCUUCAGCGACAAAAAGGCGCGCCGCUCGAGCUCGCAGUCGCGCUCGCGCGACGGGUCGCAAUGCGAGCACUGCUCGAAUUGCGGCUCGCAGUCCGGCUCGAAGCUCAAGCGCUCGAGUUCGAGCUCCACCCACACCGAGCGCUCCUCCAAGGACGACGGGCACCGGAAGCACAAGUCGUCUCGCGAGGUCCGCCCCGCGCCCUCGCACUCCAAGUCCGAGAUGAUCCCGCCGCGCAAGGAGCGCCCCAAGCCCAACAAGGUCAACUCCGACACCGUCGUCGCCGCUCCCGCAACUGCCGCGCCCUCCGACGAAACCGCCGUCGCCUCAGGCACCGCCCCCACCUGGCUCAUCAACGCCUGCCAAGCGCUCGAGUUCCUGCAGGAAGAGCACCCCAAGGCCAUGUCCACCCUCGGCGCCAUCCUCAUCACCGUGGGCACCAUCCCCGCGAUCCCCGCGCUGCACAUCGGCGCUGGAGGCGCGUUCCUCGCCUCGGGCGCGGUGCAGGCGGCGGGUGCGAUCGCCGUGGGCGUUGGGAAGCUGCUCACGGCGGCGGGUAAGGGCACGGCGACGCCGGCGCAGCCUGCCAUCGAGGGUAAGGAGAACACGGCGACGAUCACGCAGGCCUGA